CCAAAAUGUCUGCCUACAUGUAAAACAUUACGCAUUUGUUUAUGUUUACGUGGAAGUCAACUUCAUCAACAAUAAUACUAGAUUUAAUAGUGAUUAGUGAAAAAAAUUUGAAUGAUAUUUGAAAUGGGAAUUCUCUCCGCAAGGAAGGUGGGUGCCUUGCUGGCAGUGUUUUGGAUAGGUACACUGUGCUACAUCUGGCUUCCAGAUCACAUCCCAGAUUUUUUAAAUUUAAGAACAAAAUCAGAACCCAAGAAGAGUGAUAAAUCUUCUUAUGAUAUGAGAUCACAUUUGGCAAAUACAACUUCACUCAGCAAUUUUGAUGAUGUACACAAACAAGCAUUACAUGUUUGUAUUACAUCUGAUGAAAAAACUUUGGGAGGCAUGAUUGCUUUAAUUAACAGUAUUAUUUCCAACACCAAGUCCCCUGUCAAGUUUCACCUUGUUGUGGACGAAAACAGCAUGGAUCAUGUCAGUAUUUGGAUAAAAACAUCAAAAUUAAAAAACAUUGAUUAUGAACUAAAAGCAUUCCCAGCUAAAUGGGUUGAUGGAAGAAUUAAAAUCAGAGGAGGUAGAAAAGAGCUUGGAAGUCCACUUAACUAUGCACGGUAUUAUCUGCCUAAGCUGUUCCCCCUUUUAAAAGAGAAAAUCAUAUUCAUUGAUGAUGAUUGUAUAGUUCAAGGAGAUAUAGAAGAACUUUAUAAAACACCAUUAGAAAAAGGGCACAUUGCAGCUUUCUCUGAGGACUGUCAAGGGCAGAACAAAAGAUUAAGUAGACUAAACAAUAUCUAUGCUGAGUUUCUGGACUUUAAAAAUGAGCACAUCCAGCAGAUGCACAUUAAACCUACAGCCUGUUCUUUUAACACUGGCGUGUUUGUCAGCAACUUGUCAGACUGGCAUUCACAGAAUAUUACCAGCCAGCUGGAAUACUGGAUGGAACUCAACACUAAAGAAGAAGUUUAUGGUAAUGAAAGGGGAGGUGGAGGAUCUCAGCCCCCAAUGAUGAUUGUCUUCUAUAACAAGUUUUCUCGCAUUGAUCCACUGUGGCACGUUCGUCAUUUGGGUGCUAGUGCAGGUACAUCCUACAGCAAAUCUUUUGUGAAAAAAGCUAAAUUAUUACAUUGGAAUGGCCCAUUUAAGCCAUGGGGUAGAACAGCUCAGCACAGUGAUCUUUGGGAGAAGUAUUUUAUCCCUGAUCCAAGUGGUCACUUUAAAGUUGUGAGGAGGACUACAGGAUUGUAAGAAGUUGUUUUACUCAAGUGUAUAAACUACACAGUAACUAGUGACUUUACACGGCCAGUAUUGAAGAGAGGUUGUCAUGUUUGCAUUUUAAAGUUGAUUUUUACAGCUGUAUUUUGGUAACAGUUCUUCUUCCAGUUUUUAGUGCUAAAAACAAUGUGGACUUUGUUUAUCAAAGUAAAAUUGAAAAUAUGAAGAGGAGUUUUUUGUGCCAUAUUUCUUUUUUUUUUUAACAUAACAAAAAUUUAUCUGUACAUAUUUGAAAUGCAUUUUUAAUUUAAUAGGUGUUGUUAACAAGUCUCCAAUAUUAGUGUUUUUAAAUUGUAAUCAAUCAAAACAGAAAGCCUUAGAGCUUUGAACAAUUAUAAAUUCUUAUAGUUUUAACUAUGAAUUGCUUGUGCUGAUAUGAAGUUUUUGAUACCAAUGUAUUUAUCUAUAUACAUAAGAGAAGGCUACUGCAGGAGCAGCACUCUGUUACAUGUUGUUUAUUCUUAUCAGUGAAAGUUUUCGUUAUUUUAAAAAUAAAAAUUGAAUAAAUGUUUUACAGACUAUGGUAUUUGUAAGAUAUAUAAAAAUAAUUAUAAUUUAAGCUGAGAAGGUAUUACUCCCCCCUCACUAAUACUCAACUCUGGUGCUAUGUUUACUUGCAUGUUGUUUCAUUGUACUCUUGGGCUCUCCACAUUGUUCAGUCAAUUAUCUUCUCACUAAAUCAUCAUUAGUCUUAUUGUUUACCGGAAGUUAUCUUACCUUACUAAAGCCUCAGGUCUGAAGAUACAUAAAAUGGUUUUUAAAGAUAUGUAACCAGGUUUCUAUGAAUUAAAUAGUUUAUUCUUGUUGGCAAGUUAGCUAACUGUCCCAAUGGUUGUAUUAUAUGGUGGCUGUUUUCACAAAUUGAAGGUUAAGACAGAUCAAAAGUUCAAUUAAACUUUAUACCAACAUAAUUAUUUUAUGAAAAAGAUGACCAGCCACGCUAUGUGAACAAAUCUGUUUCCUUUGUUUGAUAUGUCUUUUUGAGGGAUAUCAUCUGUGGAUAGCCAUUCACAAUUUUAUCAUGCAUUUAGCUAGUCAUUUACUUUUUGUAUUUAAAUUUCUAUGUUAUCAUGAUUAAUAUGUGCACAGUUAUACAUUUUUGUGUUGUUAUUAGAGCAAUACCAUGGCUGAUACUCUAAGGUUAUGAGUUAACUCAGUUCAUUAUUGGUACAUUUUUUUUAGCUUAUGUUACAUAUAUAUGACUAAUUUUUUUUUAAAAAGGGCUUUUAUGAAAAAUGUUUACUUGUUGAAAAGUACUUUUACAAAAAUCCACAACUCAGCAGAACUAAACAUUUAUAUUCAGAUAUAAAUCUUAUCAAUACCAUUAGAUAUUGACAAUGUCUCAUAACUUAGUUUGUUGUGAUUUGUUUUUUCUUUUUUCAUAAACUUCCUUAAAGUAAAUUGUUUUCACCUUUGCAAUAAAUAUUUAUUGGUAGUGGCAUAGUAAAUUAAUGUUUUAGUUCUUUUAAUGCAUUUUGCAAUGUAACUAAUUGGUUUGCCAUUUAUGGUAUUUUUUUUUUAUUUUUUGUAUCAACAUAAUGUAAUUUAAUUUCUAACUUUAUGACAAAACAGCAGUUUUGCUUGCAAUAUUUUGUGUGUUGCUACUAAUGACCUUCUCUGUACCUAUCUUGUGUCUACUGUUAAAAAUUAAAAUAAAAAGUUUCAUAAUAAAUCUGUGAACAGCA